AUGCUCGAGAAGAUCCUCCAGGCCGUCAUUCGCAAUGAGGCCAUGAAGCAGGACCCUACCGAGGUCUACGGCUGGCGCGUCUUCGCCCUCGUCUUCUCCGCCUGCUUCGGCGGCAUGCUCUUCGGCUGGGAGACGGGCGCCAUUGGCGGUAUCCUCUCCAUGGCGCCCGCGCAGGAGAGAUUUGGCUACGCCGACCUCUCGGACGGCCAGAAGACCACCCAGAGCCAGAACAUCGUCUCGACCCUCCAGGCCGGUUGCUUCGUCGCCUGCUUCCUCACCUACUACUUCGCCGACAAGUUCGGCCGCCGCCUGUCGCUCAUUGGCACUGGCGCUCUUGCGCUGAUCGGCGUCGUCUUCCAGGCGGCCUCUGCUGCCCAUGGAAACCUCGCCGUCAUGUACGUCGGUCGGUUCUUGGCUGGUCUCGGUGUUGGUGCCGCUUCCACCUUGACUCCCCUCUACGUGUCUGAGUGCGCUCCGCGUGCUAUUCGUGGUGGUUUGACUGCUUUCUACCAGCUCUUCAUCGUGUUCGGCAUUAUGAUUGCGUUCUGGAUCAACUACGGCUGCUCGUUGCACAUCACCGGCUCAGCUGUGUACAUCAUUCCUCUCACCCUUCAGGGUCUCCCCGCCGUGUUCCUGAUCCUGGGCAUGUUUGUUUCUCCCGAGAGCCCUCGAUGGUGCGCUAGACAGGAUGAUUGGGAGAAGGCCACGGCCAUCUUGGUCCGACUUCGAGGACUUCCCGCUGAGUCAGAGUACGUCUCGACUGAGGUCCAGGAGAUGGCCGACCAACUGGAUGCCGAGCGUCGUCUUGUCGGUGACGCCACCAACAUCGUUCUCCUCAAGGAGAUGUUCCUCGUUCCCAGCAACCGCAAGCGAGCCCUCAUCUCCAUCUUCCUCAUGAUCUGCCAGCAGAUGACCGGCGUCAACUCUAUUAACUACUAUGCUCCUCAGAUCUUCCAGAGUCUCGGUCUGACUGGCACUGACUCCUCGCUGUUCGCCACUGGUGUCUACGGUGUCGUCAAACUGGCCGCCAUUGCCGUCUUCCUUGUCUUCAUGGCCGAUUCUCUUGGCCGACGUCGCAGUCUGUUGUGGACCAGUAUCGCACAGGGUCUUGUCAUGUACAUCAUUGGCAUCUACGGCCGAGUCCAGCCCCCGGUUAAGGGUGAAGGUGUCUCGGCUUUUGGAUAUGUCGCCAUCACUUGCAUCUACCUCUGGGCCGCCCUCUUCCAGUUCGGCUGGGGCCCCUGCUGCUGGAUUCUCAUCAGUGAGAUUCCCACCGCACGUCUUCGCGCCAUGAACGUUGCCAUUGGCGCUGCCACCCAGUGGCUCUUCAACUUUAUCAUUGCACGAACUGUUCUCACUAUGUCGUCGACCAUGGGCAACGCUGGCUACGGCAUGUUCUUUAUGUUUGCGACUUUUGACCUCCUCAUGUUCAUCUUCGUGUGGUUCUUCGUCCCAGAGACCAAGGGUAUCAGCCUGGAGAAGAUGGACGACCUCUUUGGCAUGACCGAAGAGGUCAAGAGGAUCGACGAUGAGCCGGAGACUGGACGGGCCACGAGCAUCCACGAGGAUCGCGCUGCUGACAAGAACUAA